AUGCAGACCCAGGGCUACCGAGACCACUGCCUGAUCAUCGUCGGCCGCGGCUCCGAGGCCGAAGAAGUUCUUGCUCGGCGACGCCUCCAAGCAGGGGGCCGGCUGGUGCACAUCCUAAGCCAGGGUCCCGAGGAUCGGCGAGUACAAGUUCGCGCCUUCGAGGCCUUGGACGCGUGGUUCUUGUGGUAUCCUCCUCUAAGAGGGGAGACGACGAGCUUCGGCAGGAGGCUCGGCCCGUCCCUCCGCACCAGGUGGACCAAAACCGGUCCAGAUGCUGUGGAACUCCAGGAGCAACAGCAGCUGCAUGUUUUCCUCACGUCUGGCAAGAUGCGACACGUUCGCAUUCUCGCCGAGGAUGGGAGCAUCGAGAUGGAGAUCUCCGGCGAGGUCAUUUUGGACCCCGACAUGCAGCUUGCAACUGAGCUGGAAGUCGAGGUGGCUGACCUCGAGCUGAAGCCUUGUGGCACUUGCUCGUUCCGCAGAAUCGUGCCUUGCAUGAUCCUACAACUGCUGGUGCACACCGUGAGGUGGCUGGUCUCCAUGCAUUUUGAGCAGCAUGCCCAAGCUGGCGGCUUUGCGUGGUGGCGCGGCCUGCUUCUCAGUAUGGCGACCAUCUUCAUGGUCUUUGGGUAUGCCGAAAGCAUGUCGGUUAGCUUGGCAGGGACCCUCCCCACAGUUGCACCGCAAGCCUCCGGCAUCGUGUUCCUCGUGAUCAUGACCUUGGCUCUGGGCUCUGCAGGGGUAACAGACCUCACAGGAACUGUCAUUGGGGCAACAGUCGCCAUCAUCCCAGGCGGAGGCUUGCAAGUUUUGCUGACCCAAAGCAGCCAGCCACAUCGCCGGCUGAGACAAUGCCUCAAGUGGACUUUGGCGCAGUAUUCCGGCACUGCAGGAUGCUGCAUCAUCAUGUCAAGCAUCGUGUUUCUCUACGUUUUCCUCUUGUCCAGGGGCCAGAAGGUGGUCGCAACCCUCCUGCUGCCCUCUGCGACGGCCCUUGCAGAGGCGGGACUCGUCAAAUUCGCUUCGAAGGCCUACGAAAAACUUGUGCUUGGCAAGCGUCCAGCAGUUCCGGGCGACAUAUCGUGCGUCUCAUUGCCCCUCAUGGUCGUCGCAGCCCAUAGUCUGGCAGAGGCUGUGCGCUUGGUGGGUUUGCUGUCUGGGGCCAUAAGGACUGGAAGCUUCUACUGGCUCGGCGCCGCCGUCCAGACACUGGUGUUGAACGUGUUGGUGCGACAAGGCUGGGCGCGCUAUGUGGCCUUCCAGAUCGCCAAGAGGGUCGCGGGCGCUCGAUGGGCGGUGGACCUUGCAGCGCCCACUGCUUGGUCGAAGCUGCAUGACGAGAUCAAGAUCUAUGGCGGCUACCUGCGCUUCGUGGUGCCUUUCAGCUUGGUGGCUGCUCGGGCCAUGUACUACAGUGACCUCUCUUGGGCAGGGCCCCGGGCUCCGGCCUUCAAUGUGUCUGCAGCCAUUGCAAUCGUCGUGUUGCUCAUCUUUGAGGUCCUCGAGGAUCAGGUUGUGCUCCGAGAGCUGCUGCCAACGGCCCCGGUCCCGCCGGAGAUGAUUGCUGGUGCGAAGCCCCAUAGCAACGCCGAAGUCGGCAGUCUCAUGGCCAGCGAGCUGAAGCCAGAACUGGCUAACAAGCUGGACCCCUGGUGCAAGGAAGACCUCGACUCACGAGGCACACGGAGGAGCGCCAUGUCUUCCAUAGUCCCGGAGGCAAAGGGACCUGAGCUCUUGGGCCACUGCAUUUCCUUGGGACCCCGUCGCGCGUCGAUGGGCUCGCGCCUCCGGCGCAAGAUGGGGCAAGAGAGGGAGGUGGUCCCGGCGCUGUUCCUGCAUGGCCUGAGGGAAAUGAGCUUCGUAGCCCAUCUUGCCGCGGCAAGUGUGAUUUGUGAAUUCAGUCUCGGCUGGUUGGAUGUGAAUUUGGGCUCCGGUUUCGCCCGAGGGCUUUGCGACGUGCCCGGGACCCUGAAUCCACUGUCGCUCGUGCUCCAGCCAACGCCCCUGCGAUGCUGA